AUAAAGCAGGUGGCCUCCACCUUCCAUCCCCCAGAGCGGGAUCCCGCCCCACGUCCCGGUCUGAUGAAACCUGAGAAGUGCCGACGCAGCAGCGCGCUGAAUGAAGCUGUGUCCGGCCGCUGAGAGUCUCCGUCAGUCGGUGUCAGCGGGGACUUCGUGCGGUGCCACCCCACCUCAGCAGACAGCCCGAGGGAACUUUGUCACGAAGCGACAUGGCCAAAGUAAACAGCGGUUCCUCCGGCUGCAGGGCUGUGGUGAUGGCAGGAAAGUACCUGGCGAGCCCGGGUCCCCCGGCGCUGACCCGGAGCUGCGGCCAGCGGCAGCGGAGGAUGUUCGGUCCGCAGCGCCGCGUGAUGAGCUCCGACGCGGCGGGCACUGGAGGAAAAACCGCGGCUUUGGCCCAGCAGGAGCACCCGGGCUAUUUCUCCGCCGCAGACCGACAUGUGCUGGCCAACCGAAAUCUGAUUUACCGGGACGUGAAGGCUUUUCUCAACGAAGUCGGUGGAGACCCCCGGGAGGCUCGGUACUGGCUGACCCAGUUCCAGAGAGCGGCUUCGGCUCAGUGUUCUGCCUUUGCCGUGCUGGAGGUGGACAGCUCGGUUUUCGACAGCAGGGAAAUGGUCCAGAGCCUGGCCUUCGGGCUCUCCUUCCUGCAGCGGAUGGAUAUGAAGCCUGUGGUGGUGAUGGGCCUGUCCAAUCACGAGGAGACAGGGCCCAGGGAGCCUGCGGCCGGGUCCCGGUGCAGACGAGUGCUGGUGGGUCGUAGCCAGCAGCUGACCGAGGCUCUGCAGCAGCACUCAGCCUCCGUCCUGCCGCUCUUCUCUGCUGAGUCCUUCCUCCUGCUGCAUGAAGCCCCACGUGGAAGCAGUGCCCCACCCUCCGUCGCUGUGGACUCCAGCCUCCUCCAGUGGAGUCUGGACUGCGGGACAAUCCCCCUGGUUUGUCCGGUGGGGAGGGACAACCGAGGUUGCUCGGUAAUGUUGGACCCAGCAGAAGUGACGGCAUCUAUUUCCCGAGCCCUGCAACCCCACAAAGUCAUGUUCCUGAACAACUCCGGAGGCCUACGCAGCCAAGAACGCAAGGUGUUGGGCACAGUGUCGUUGCCUAGCGACCUGCCCAGUCUGUCCGUGGCGCCGUGGCUGAGUGCGGCAGAGCGGCGCAGAGUGACCACCAUAGCCAGGCUGCUCAAUCAGCUGCCCACGGAGUCCACGGCGGUGAUCACCUCCGCUGACACGCUGCUCAGCGAGCUGUUCAGCCACAGAGGGUCAGGGACACUCUUUAAAAACGGAGACCCCAUACACCGGUACAGCUCUCUGGAUGGGAUUGAUGUAGAGCGUCUGCUGGGUCUCGUCAACAAGUCGUUUGAUAAAAUUCUGAGGCGAGACUACAUCGACUCUCUCCAAGGACGACUGCACUCCAUCUACCUCUCUGAAGGCUACAGUGCGGCAGCCAUCAUUACCAUGGAGCCGGUGAACAGCGGCACUCCCUACCUCGACAAGUUUGUGGUGAGCAGCAGUAAACAGGGUCAGGGCACCAGCCACAUCCUGUGGGAAUGCAUCAGACAGGACCUGGGCAAACUGUUCUGGAGGUCUAGAGCCACCAAUAGGAUCAACCCCUGGUACUUUAAACAUUGUGAUGGCAGCUUCGUUAAUGGGGUGUGGACCGUCUUCUGGUUCGGCCUGACAGACAUCAGAGAUUCCUACGAGUUGGUGGAGUACGCCAAGAACCUCCCCGACUCCUUCCAUGCCUCUUCUCUCACUGCCUCCCAGCAGCCCCCAGGACCUGCCGCCGGGUCCUGAGCUGCCUCCACCCAGCUGCUGCCUGUGUAGCCCUCUCUCUCUCAGAGAAUUAUUAGUGCUGUAGUUCUUUUAGCUCUGAGGCUCUGGGUUUUUUUUUUGGUUCAGCC